CUCAUCAUAUAUACACAGGCAUUCCAUUCAAACACGCACUGUACAUAUUUCCUAGCUGGAGGCUGUUAGCUAUCUGUCUUCUAUUCUUUCUGCAAGAUGCCGCUCUUCUCUCCCGCUUUGGUACCCAAGGAUCAAGGUGCUCCCCUGUCGGAGCAGCAGCUGAAGGCUUUCUUCAAACAGCAUGACAGGAAUGGCGAUGGCCUGCUCGACUGGGAAGAGCUCCGGAAAGCCUUUAAGGAUCUCGGAGCUGUCAUCCCCCCCUGGAGAGCUCACCGCGCGCUCCAACACGCCGACAUCGACGGCAAUGGCUGCGUCGACGAGAAAGAGAUGGGACAUCUAGUGAAGUAUGCGGUGAAGUUUGGGUAUACCAUGAAACAGCAGUAGCUGGCAUGGCAUGGAUGGGUGGCUGGCUGCUUAAUUGCUUGCUUGCUACAGCUUCUCUUACUUAAUUAUGCAGCAGUUGAUUGCAAUAAAUUAUGGGCGAUUCGUGUGUAUUGUUGUUGAAUUGGCUUGGUUUUUUUUAUUUAUCUUUUUACGUUUUGGUUUUGUGCUUGGGACUCGAUGAUCCUUCUCUUGUAUACGUAGACUAGAUCGAGACAGUCUCUUAAAGGACAUCGCGCGGUUACAGUGAGGUUUUCAUGUUGAAAGUCGCUGUUGAAAAGGGGAAGGGAUGGGAGAUGGCUGGGUUGCUUCUUUCUCGUUAUGUGGCUUAAGCUAGCCUGAUCCGCGAGCAUGUGUAUUCAACUAUAAUAAUAUUUUCAAGUUGCCUAA